UCGAAAACAACUAGUCAUCGUUGAAAAACCCACCGUCCCAAUGUUGAAUGUUCGUCCUCAGUGUAGGACAACAAGAGACUGACAAGAAGAGAUCGCGAAACGAAUCUUUGAUUCCUCCUCCAGGUCAGAGCUGAUGAUGGGGUUCUUCGCCCACACCUGCCCCUUUCUGCUCCGAGUUCCUCGGAUCUUCAUGCAGAAGGCGGGACCCUCGCUGGCUGUCUACGCUCAGCGCUGCCCCGUGAUGUCCCGCGGCGUGGCCACCUCCAUUUUCAACCUGCAGUGGGCCAAGGAGAAGGAAUCAUCUGGGGCUGGCGGCUUUCCGUCACCGCUGCUAGCCUCGGCCAAGGCCAUGAUCCAGUCCGGCAGCCAGGACGUCGCGUCCAACUGCCCUUUCGUGGAGCUGGAGGCUCAGGGGGGCCUGAGCAAGCUGAUCCGCAAGGCCAGCCUGGCGGUGCAGGAGGACCUGGCAGUCAUGGCACCUCGGAGAGAACUCACCCAGACCGAGGCGAUUCUCGACUGGCAGCCGGCGCUGGAUAACGAGGUCCAAGACGGCGUCCCAGCAACUACUCACCUUCUCCAGGACAACAUGGACAGGGACAAUGCCUUUGACUACGACGGAUUCUUUGAGCGCAAGAUCGAGGAGAAGAAAGAAGAUCAUACCUACCGUGUGUUCAAGACCGUGAACCGGAAAGCGGCGGAGUAUCCUUUCGCGGAACACUACGCUAAGCCCACGGCGGAAGGACACGACGUGUCCGUGUGGUGCAGCAACGACUAUCUGGGAAUGAGCCGACACCCCCGCGUCCUGAAAGCCAUCAUGGAGACGCUGCAGCAGCACGGCGCAGGAGCCGGAGGGACGCGCAAUAUCUCGGGCACCAGCAAGUUCCACGUGGAUCUGGAACGGGAGCUGGCGAGCCUUCAUCGGAAGGACGCCGCCCUCCUCUUCUCGUCCUGCUUCGUGGCCAACGACUCCACCCUCUUCACCCUGGCCAAGAUGCUGCCCGGUUGUGAGAUUUAUUCCGACGCCGGGAACCAUGCCUCCAUGAUCCAGGGCAUCAGGAACAGCAGGGUGCCCAAAUUCGUCUUCCGGCACAACGACGCCCAGCACCUGGAGCAACUGCUGAGGCAGUCGGACCCCAAGACUCCAAAGAUCGUGGCAUUUGAGACGGUGCAUUCGAUGGAUGGUGCAAUCUGCCCCCUGGAAGAGUUGUGCGAUGUCGCGCACAGGUACGGGGCAAUCACCUUCGUGGACGAGGUGCACGCGGUGGGGUUGUACGGAAUCCAGGGCGCCGGGAUCGGAGAGCGGGACGGCGUCCUCCACAAACUGGACAUCGUGUCGGGAACACUCGGGAAAGCCUUCGGCUGCGUGGGCGGCUACAUCGCCAGCACGGCCGCACUGGUGGACGCUGUGCGCUCCUUCGCCGCCGGCUUCAUCUUCACCACAGCCCUGCCUCCCAUGGCGCUGGCCGGCGCCCUGGAGUCCGUGCGCACCCUGCGGGGCCAGGAGGGCCGGCUGCUGCGGCGCGCCCACCAGCGCAACGUCCGGUACCUGAGGCAACUGCUGGUGGACGCGGGACUGCCCGUCAUCAAUUGCCCCAGCCACAUCAUCCCCAUCCGGGUGGGAGAUGCCGCCAAGAACACGAAGAUCUCUGACGUCCUCCUAAGCCAACACGGCAUCUACAUCCAGGCCAUCAACUACCCGACAGUGCCCCGCGGGGAGGAGCUGCUGCGGCUGGCUCCUUCCCCGCACCACCAGCCCCACAUGAUGGGCCGCUUCGUGGACUGCCUGGUGGGUGUCUGGAAGGACCUAGGCCUGCCCAUCCAACACCUGUCCCCGACGGCCUGCAGCUUCUGCCAACGGCCCCUGCACUUCGAGCUGAUGAGUGAAUGGGAGCGCAGCUACUUCGGUGGACCAGAGGGCCAGUACAUCACAGCACGCGCCUGAACCACAGCUCAAGCACUUUGGUCCGGGCAAACAAUGAAAACAAUGAGUCCUGGACAAAUUAUAAAAGCCAAACCCCUCGCUGUAACGCCUACAUGACAUAUUCCCUUCACUGUUAUACCGACACACCCCACACACCUCUCCAGAACACCAACACACCGACGCCACUCGCUGUAACACCGACACACCCCUCAAUGUAAUACCAACCCACCCCACACUCCACACCCCUCUCUUCAGUUGUCCAUCGAAAUCUGAUGACAACGUCCACUCCUUCAGUGGUGAGAUCUUUGAUGACUAUACACCCCUCACUAUAACACCAACACCCCCCCCACUCCUCAACUGCACCCCUCACUGUAUUACCAACACACCCCUCACCCCUCACAGUAACACCGACACACCCCGCCCACAUCCCCACAGCAUCAGUGUAACAUGCUACUCUUACCCGUAUGUCUCACUUAAGCACCAGUGUUAUCCCGAGGUCACACCCUGUCAGCCGUUUUUCCCGUGCACGCAAAGAGCCGCGGCGGUCCUGGACAAUUCCGACCACCUCAAGGUCUCUUUCCCACCACUCCUCCAAGGUUGGCCACCAUACUGAAGAACUCAAUCCACUAUUUUCAAAUAUCCACACAACUGCAUACACUCAAUAUAGUUCCACACACCAUAUAACCGAUUCACACAGCUCAGCUUUCUGGACCGCUACAGCGAUUUAAAACCUUAACUGAACAAAAAUUAUGUUCCCUGACACUCGCUGUAAAGACUCAGUAACAAUAAACAAAAAUUUACAAAA